AAACAGUAAAUGAUGUUUUAGUUUUGUUAUUUUUAGUACAGCCUUUUCUUGUUGGUUUAAACCGUUCACUUGUUAUAAUUAUGCAAAUGACGCCGGAUGUGCAGCAGUUAUCUGAGGACAGAUUGGAUGAAACUAUUAUGGGAUGUUUAAGAGAACAGAAAGCCGCACAGACACUGCAAAAUGGCGAACCGCGACAAGGAGCUGGAGGAGGAGAUUUACGACAAGGUGGUGGACCUGACAGAAUAUGCCAAACGCCAGCGAUGGUGGAACCGCCUUUUCGGGAAGAACUCCGGCCCCGUAGCAGAGAAAUACUCCGUGGCCACGCAGUUAGCCAUCGGAGGAGUGAGUGGAUGGUGUGCAGGAUAUCUCUUCCAGAAGGUGGGGAAAGUUGCAGCUACAUCAGUAGGAGGAGGUCUUCUGCUGUUACAGAUAGCUAACAAUAGCGGCUACAUCCAGGUGGACUGGAAGAGAGUAGAGAAGGACGUCAACAAAGCCAAGAAGCAGCUAAAGAAAGGCACCGAUCAGGCCCGCCCCGAGCUAAACACUUUCGUUGAGAAGUCCACAGAGUUCGUGAAGAAGAACAUUGUAGUGACGAGCGGAUUCGCCGGAGGCUUCCUGCUCGGCCUGGUGUCUUAGUUUCCACCAAAGAAGAAGAGUCCGUGUUCCCUCGAUGUUGUGGAAAAACUUUAGGGAAACUUUAUCAAUCAUUGCUGGAAAGGUUUUAAAGAGUUUCCACAGCAAGCAACCUACUUCAGAUUAGCCUGUAGCUGUGUGUUUCGACAUACGCUGCACCUGCUUUUUGUCUUCUGUUAAAGCAUGGUCGAUAUAAUGUGGGACUUCUUUGAUAGACCCUCUUAAAACGCUCCACUCCCCAGGCCAAAUAUUGAUGCAUAUCAUGCAAAGUGUUGUUCUCCAAGGGUAAAAGCCAUUAGGAUGUUUUUAUUUAUUUACUUUGUUCCAAAAACAUUAUACAUCAUUAAUCGCUGCCUUGUUGCAAACCUGACGCCAAGCACACGCAGCGUAAUGAAGUAUAGUUAAACUCACCUUCACGUUGCAGGUGGUGCCUUUAGGUCAUAUUUUAAAUCCGUGGUAGUCAAUCAUCUCCAGGGUUAGAGAGCCGAUGGAUGUGAGAGGAACAUAUUUUUGAAAGGUGCUACAGUUUGUUGGGUUAUGUCAGCCUCUCCUGCAUCUCUCCUUUUUUAUGUAAUGCAUUUUGUUCAGCAAUAAAUUGAAGCUUUAAGAACUGAAAGCUGUGGUUUGUCUACAAAUGUAUGUUUGAUGAACAAAUAAAACUAAAAAAAACACUUGAAA